AUGGCCUCAUUCAACAAGCUUCCAUUCGAACUACACCACAAUAUCGUCCAGUACCUCGACAAUGAUUCUGCCAAAUCACUUCGAUUAGCAUACCCAACCCCAAAAAUCAUUGCAACCACCGGCGCCACUGUUUUCAAAACGCUGGUACUCCGUCUCGGGAAUCACAAGAAUAGUCGAACCAAACUCGAUAAUCUUCGUUCCUGUCUGCUGACAGAAAAUAAUGAAAUCGACUUGAGUACUGACGGGACUUUGACACACGUUCGAACCCUUGUGGUAGAUACGAGAUAUCCCUUUGUGGUGACAGAUGAAUUUACUUGGACACGGUCAAAAUGGCGGACGUCCGGUCACUUGAAUAUGCCUAGUAACUCCCGUUGUUUGGCGGAUUGUGCCGAAAUUGUACCCGACGAGGAGCUUAAUUCCUUUUUGGACCUCUUCACAAAGGUCAUUUCUACGAUCUCUAGCCGUUUAAAAUUAUUAAGAUGGCAAACCUCAGACCUAUUACCUUUCCCUGUCUACGAUCAAAUCGCAAAGCUCCUCUUCUCUCCUAUGUUAUUAACACAAAAGAAAUAUGAAUUUACGGUAUCGCACACCUUCGCCGCUCCCUACGCCCUAACACAGUAUCUUAAACCACUGUCAAGCUGCGAUCGACUUGAAAUCAUCGGGGCAAGUACAAAGAGUACUGAGGAAGAGAUCGAUCGCAUCGACAUGGCUGCUGUGGCCGAGUUAAUAUCCAGAUGCCACGAACUAAAGAGUUUCAGUUAUACGUACCAAACUUGGGUAGACGCCGAUUGUUUCGACACCCUAUGGGGGGCAAUCAACAACCUCGAAACCCUUGAGGAACUACAACUCCACACCAGCGAAAACAUGAUCGGCUCCGUAAAACCCAACCUCUCAAAGUUGAAACGAUUAAAGAGAAUUUCUUUCGACUGUUCAGAAUAUAUAUAUUACGUAUUGGAUGGUCAUCCUGUCUAUGCUGUAUUUGAUUCCCUCGUGACUACUGGAAUCGAUGGAAUAACGAAGUUUGCAGUCGGGGUCUAUACGAACAAUAUUCAAAAGGUAUUAUUGCAGCAGAAGGCCAUAACUGACUUAAAGUUACAUGUUUCGAGCAAAUCGGAUAUCCUAAGAAUUUUUGCAGUCAUAAUACCCACCGUGGCGGGGACUUUACGUUGCUUUCGAAUUUCUGGCGUGGUAGAAGGGCAACCAUGGGGUUGGUCAGACAAGAGAACCGAUGGGAGAGGACUUCUAGAAUGCAAAAAGCUACAGGAGAUCGAAUUCCCAUUUAUAGAACGCAAUUUUCUUCUAACAGGGGAGGGAACAGUUAUCAACAGCUUACCUACCUUAAUCAACGAUUUUGUACGAAGCUGCCCAGAGUUGAUAAGGAUUCAUACCGGCAGUAUCGCAGCAGAUUAUAAUGUUGCGUCCUCACUGAUUAAUGUCUUGACGGAUUUUAGAUCUAUGGAUAAAAUUUUUAAAGGGAGGGAUAUUGAGAUUAUGCUUAGGCAGCACACAGAAGGAGAAUGGGGUAGUUCGAGGUGUAGGACGAGGUUUCCUCGCUCUGGGAAUGAAGAAGAUUUGGUGGGGGUUUUCGAUUAUUAUAUUCAUAGAUGGAGGCUUCGAGAAGAGACAGCGGAUGAUGGAGAAGAGAAGGUCUACAGGUUUGAGAGGGUCGAAGACAAGUGCUGGAUGCGAAAUGAAUGCUGGGAGGAAGAUUAA